AAACGCGACCCCAGCCUCCCGGUUUCAGUUCAAGCUCCUGCGCCGCCCAAAGCCCCUGCAGCGGAUGCCCUGAUCGCACUAGGAGUGUCUUAAACCGUUUGGUCACGAAGUCUUGUGUUUUGCUCUUUUUUUAAUCCCCCGUGUGCUCUCUCCAUCCUGUUGAUAUCGCCCGCUCUAUUGUUGUUUGGAGCUUGCCAUGCCUCUCAAUCUAGUUCGGCGUGGGGGGUUCUUCCGACACCUCCAUGUCAAAGAUGCCUUCACUCGCCCCGUUCGUGUGAUCGCCUCACAGAGCCACAUCAGGCGUGUUUCUUUCGUUGUACACCGUCCCUUUUCCCGUGCGUCGAUUAUACCCAAUGCCCCCCGUUCGAGCUUGAUCGUCAGCAACCUUAUCCGAACCUAUGCGACUGCUGGCCGCCCCAAAGUUAGCACUGGGGCUAAGACCACCAAGACUAAGCAGAAGGCCGCUCCGAAAAAGAAGGUUAAGAAGGAAUUGACCGAAGCCCAAAAGGAAAAGAAGAAGGCCAAAGACUUCAACAAACUUGUCCGCGAACUCAAGAAGACAGCUCUGCAGCCACCUAAGAAGCUUCCAAGCACACCAUGGACCCUGGCCGUCACAAGCAAGAUUCCGGAAGCCCAGCAGACCACUAAAACUCCCGGGGAGGCAUUUAAGAAAGCUACUGAGCUUGCACAGACAAUCAGCGCUGAAGAGCGGGAGCGAUUUGUUGAGCAAGCGAAUGCUAACAAGGCUGCGAACAAAACUGCCUAUGACGAAUGGAUCCAAGAACACACCCCUCUCCAGAUCAAGGAGGCCAACAUUGCUCGGCGCAGAUUGGCCAGGAUCAAGGACACCUCCCUCUCUCUCCUCCGCGAUGAUAGGUUGGUCAAGCGUCCCAACUCUCCGUAUAUUUACUUCUUCAAAGAGCGGCACGAAGCUGGAGAUCUGAAGUAUAUGGCGGCCGCGGACCUCUCGGCACGGGUGGCAGAGGAGUGGAGGGGUUUGACGGAUACUGAGAAACAGAAAUACAAUGACUUAUUUAAAGCCGAUCGGGAGCGCUAUGACCGAGAGUAUCGCGAUGUCUACGGCCUGGACCCCCCGGCAGAAAGGAAGAGCUCGUAAAGCGGUGCAUUGUUGACCAACGCAUCCUCGUCCGUGUCUUCAGUCUGAAAGAGAUCUGGCGCAAGCCGAUGGUGGUUUUGUGAAGGAGUAUCGCUGGAGUAAGGGAUUCUUGUAUGAAUUUAGGUACCGGUCCGAUUUUCCUUUGUUUCCCUUCGCUACUCAACCUGUGUUCGUCGGUAGUUUAGGUAGUCUUUUUUUACUGGGUUAUCCUUGUACUGUAUAAUGCUAUCAAUGUAUUGGUUUCAAG